UAUUGUCUAUAAUUGAUAAUUGAAUGCUAUUUUGUUCUAGCCUUGAGUUUUAUUAAAAUGGCAGAAAUGUCAUUUUGAAGCAUUAUUUUUCAGUGUUCUACACCUGCCUAUUCAUCUACUUCUAUUUUUGGUUCUUCCUGGUGAAUUAGCUUCCUUUAACUUUAGGUGAGAGUCUUGUUUCUCUAAAAAAUUAGAGGGCUUCCAAAUACUAGGACUCUUUCUACUUCCCCAUUGGGCUAUGCCCAUCCCAAUUCAGGUAGUAUUUAAGAUGUAGGCCAAAUUUAACAUAUAGGUGCAGAAAAUAGUAUUGAUUUCCAAUUUAUGUCAAACUUUGAUUGACUUCCUGAAAAGUGUUUAUGGUUUAAGAAUUCAAAUCUUUCAGGUAAAAAUUGCCUUUCUUAGCGGAUUUGUCAUUUUGGGAAAUGUUUUGCCCAUGUUCGUUUGAACAGAAUUGAUUUAAUACAUUUUUCAAAGUUCUUUAGCAUUACUAAAAAUGGUUUCCUUUUUGUGUAUAAUGAGGAAAUUAUUAUAUAGCAUGAUAUAUAACAGCAUGUGAUGUACUUAUUAAACCUUUUAUAAACAGGAGUACAGAGUUUUUGUAUUGUUUUCUUUACUCCUUAUAAAGCAUGUGGUAUAUAUUUUUCUACUCUUGUUAAUGAAUCCUGUGUAUCUAUCGUCGUAUCUCUAGAAAUAAUUUUUCACACAGAUGCAUACAGUACUACUACUUUCCUGUUUACCAUGUGAAGUGUUACACACUAAUAGCAACCACUUGGAACCUUUAGUGUGCCUUUUUCUGAUACUUCUUUUUGAAAAUGAAAUUUUGCAGUUUCAUUCCUUUACCACCAGACUUGUUUAGGUUUAUUCUAAACAAAAUGGGUAAGACUUUUGAAGGCCUUGAAUCUAGUGUUUACCUAAAUGUUCUCUUAUUCAUUCUAAAUUGAAUUCACUUUAUAUCUAGGUUAAGGUUUUAUUACUAUGCUAAUGGCUACAUAUAAAAACAGACAAACCUGUUGUCUGGUACCACAGUUGUCAUUGUUAAGAAAUGGACUAAUAAAAAUCCCAUUUAUAUUUUUUUAAUCCUAAAAGCAAAUGUUAUCAUUUAUAAACUAAACUAGAACAUAGUUAAUUUUGGUUUCUGUUCUUCAUGGUUAUAUAUUUUAUAGCACUUUCUCAUCCUCAGUAUUACAGUGUAGUAUAGAAUUGUAUAGAUAACUAUUGUAGAUGCUGGAUUAAGAAAUAGAGCUUGAGAGAAGUUCUGUUUUCCUGAAAACUUGAAAGGGUAAGCUGUUUUGUUUAAAUAAUGGAGAGCCAUAAAAUUUGCCUUAAGUUGAGAUUAGUAAAGACAGAUGUUGAAGAUAUUAAAUAUAGGUUAAAAAUAUGUACGUGUAUGUGCAUAUACAUACACACACACUCUUAGGAAAUGAAACUGAAUUUUCAGCUUAGUAUUGUGAAAUUUGAGUCAGCUUCUCUUAAAUCCUAUCUAGAGAAGCUAGAGACAUUAAAGUCCAUUUAUUUUGCCAAAUUGAACAGUAAAAUUUAAACAUUUACAAAAACUAUGAAUUUGAUAUAUCAUCCAAAGCAAAAUAUUUAAAUCUGAUUUUUUUGUUGUUGUUGUUAAUGUUUAAAAUGUGACCAAUUCUUAAAUUUUAGUAUGACUCUCAUAUGUGUUUAACAUCAUUUUGUCUGACUAACAUUUCAAGUAACUAUAAUUUGCAUCUUACUGCAUUUUUAAAAUGUUCUUUCGUGUUUGGUAUAUUUUUUUUCCUUUGCCCCUAAAACCACUUUCAGCUAACAAAAGAACAUUUUCCCUACAUUCUUCUCUGUUGCAAUGACUUUUAAUAGGUUAUUGAAUUUACAUUUGUUCUGAGGUGAAAACUGCAAUAGCAAUUUAAACUUACUUUUACUUACUUUUCUAUAUGUUUUGAUUCUUUCGUGGGUGGGGGUGAGGGUAAAAGGUUUGAGUUCUUUGAAGUUCUCCCCUGCCCCCGACCUCUGGAGAUGAGAAAGUUAUUAUGCUACUUUGCUGCAGGAUUGGCUGAUGUCAUUUUACAGGGACCUUUCAUUUCUGUGAUUUCUCCUUCCCUCCCCACCAGGAAAGAAUGCCAUACUUAAGUCACACUGCCUCCAAGACAUCUGAUGCUUUGACACUCUUCCUUAGCACAACUCUGCUAAACCCAAAUCCCUUUUGUAAACCUUUAUGUUGAUGAUCCACAUGGGGCAGCGGGGAAUUACAGGUGCCACAAAUAAAAAUAGGAGAGGGCAAGGAAUUUGAGACCUGUUAGAGGGGGUGAGCUGAGGUGAACUGAUCCUAGGUGAGCAGAGAGGAAAGGUAUGUCAGUGAUUAUGAAUGUAACUGGGGAAAGGGGGGAGACUAAUAGCAGAGGCAUCCCUGUUGGGAAGAAUAAGAAGCAGAAGAAGGGAGAGGGGCACUGUUUUCCAUUUCAGUAUUUCAAGAAGCUAGUUGUUAAAAAUUGCUUUUCUAUUGAGAACCAGUAUUGAAGCAUCCUGAUUCCCUCUAGAGUACUUGUAUCUUUUCUAACGUUAUGGUUAACUGGAUUAUAUAAUUUAAAAAUAAUACAGUGGUGUUUUCUGUAUCUACAUCCUUAUGAUGUUUCUAGGUUGUUUAUUCUCUGUUGAUGCUUAGUAGCAUGAUGAAAAACUGAGCAGUUUGUGCUCUCUGAGUUUGGGGGUUGGGGGUUUGUUUUUGUUUUUUCUUUUGGUGGAAGUAGUUAAACCAACUUAAAUAUGAUGACUGAGGAUUAAGUCUGGCAGGCAACUCUUUGUAUUUUGUAUUAGACUUCAAAAUCUUUUCUUCUUCUUCUUCUUCUUUUUUUUUUUUUUAAAUCCAGGAGAAUGCUUUAUUGCAACUUUUAGCUGACUAGAUGCUUAACUUAGUAACAAGUUUAGCCCUUGUAACUGGCUAGCUAAAAGCAAAUCGGCUUGUUUCUCAGAUCUUUGGGGGAUAGCAAGAAACAUUUGAGUGAAUGUUGUUGAAGAUUUUCAGUAGUAUAGAAAAUGAUGGCGCUCUUGUGAUAUUUGUAAGUACAAGCAAGGAUUUGGCACAGACAUCCUAUUUCAUGGCUACCAACAGUCUGCAUCUUACAACCUUCUGUCUUCAGUAUAAACCAACAGUGAUAGCAUGUGUAUGCAUUCAUUUGGCUUGCAAAUGGUCCAAUUGGGAGAUUCCCGUGUCAACUGAUGGAAAACAUUGGUGGGAAUAUGUGGAUCCUACAGUUACUCUGGAAUUACUAGAUGAGCUAACACAUGAGUUUCUACAAAUAUUGGAGAAAACGCCUAGUAGGUUGAAGAGGAUUCGAAACUGGAGGGCUAAUCAGGCGGCUAAGAAACCAAAAGUAGAUGGACAAGUAUCAGAAACACCACUUCUUGGUUCAUCUUUGGUCCAGAAUUCCAUUUUAGUAGAUAGUGUUACUGGUGUGCCUACCAACCCAAGUUUUCAGAAACCAUCUACAUCGACAUUCCCUGCACCAGUACCUCUAAAUUCAGGAAAUAUUUCUGUUCAAGACAGCCAUGCAUCUGAUAAUUUGUCAGUGCUAGCAACAGGAAUGCCAAGUACCUCAUAUGGUUUGUCAUCACACCAAGAAUGGCCUCAACAUCAAGAGUCGGCAAGGACAGAACAGAUAUAUUCACAGAAACAGGAGACAUCUUUGUCUGGUAGCCAGUACAGCAUCAACUUCCAGCAGGGACCUUCUGUAUCACUGCAUUCAGGACUACAUCACAGACCUGACAAAAUUUCUGACCAUUCUAAUAUUAAGCAAGAUUAUACUCAUAAAGCAGGAAGCAGUAAACACCAUGGGCCAAGUUCUGCUACUCCUGGAGUAAUUCCUCAGAAAAUGUCUUUAGAUAAAUACAGAGAAAAACGUAAGCUAGAAACCCUUGAUCUGGACGCAAGGGAUCAUUAUAUAGCUGCCCAGGUAGAACAGCAACACAAACAUGUACAGUCCCAGGCAGCCAGCAGCAGUUCUGUAACCUCUCCCAUUAAAAUGAAAAUUCCCAUUACAAAUGCUGAAAAACCUGAAAAAUAUAUGGCAGAUAAGAAGGAAAAGAGUGGAUCACUGAAAUUACGGAUUCCAAUACCACCCACUGAUAAAAGUGUCAGUAAAGAAGAACUGAAAAUGAAGAUAAAAGUUUCUUCCUCAGAAAGACACAGCUCUUCUGAUGAAGGCAGUGGGAAAAGCAAGCAUUCCAGCCCGCAUAUUAGCAGGGACCAUAAGGAGAAGCACAAGGAGCAUCCUUCCAACCGCCACCACCCCAGCAGUCACAAGUAUUCCCACUCAUACAGUGGCAGCAGCAGUGGUGGCAGCAAGCACAGUGCUGAUGGGAUACCACCCGCUGUUCUGAGGAGUCCUGUUGGCCUGAGCAGUGAUGGCAUUUCCUCUAGUUCCAGCUCUUCAAGGAAGAAGCUGCAUAUCAAUGAUGCAUCUCACAACCAUCACUCCAAAAUGAGCAAAAGUUCCAAAAGUUCAGGUAGUUCAUCUAGUUCUUCCUCCUCUGUUAAGCAGUAUGUAUCCUCUCACAACUCUGUUUUUAACCAUCCCUUACCCCCUCCUCCCCCUGUCACAUACCAGGUGGGCUACGGACAUCUCAGCACCCUCGUGAAACUGGACAAGAAGCCAGUGGAGACCAACGGUCCUGAUGUCAAUCACGAGUACAGUACAAACAGCCAGCAUAUGGACUACAAAGACACAUUCGACAUGCUGGACUCGCUGUUAAGUGCCCAAGGAAUGAACAUGUAAUCAUUUGUUUAGGUCAAUUUUUCCUUUACUUUUUUAAUUUAAAAAUUGUUAGAAUGGAAAACUUCCUCCUGAUCUAGCAGUGGUAACACCUGCUGUUACUGCCACUGCUUCAAUAUUUGUAAGUGCUGCUUUAUUCUUCAUUCUGAAAAGAAGAGAUUAUAGUAAACAAGUCUUUAUCUCCACAUAUGAUAGUGUUAUAAAUACUGUAAAAGCAUGGAAGGUGCAAAACUCAGUAUUUCUACAAUUGCAGCUAAGAACAUUAGGGUGAAUGGCUGGCUGCUUCUAGGAAUAUAAGAUGCCUCAAGCAUUCGUUUAUUUAUAAUUUGAAUACUGUAGCUAUUUUUUGUUGUUGCUUGGCUUUUGAAUGAGUGUAAAUUGUUUUCUUUUGUGUAUUUAUACUCGUAUGUAUGAUUUGCAUGUUUCAAUGAUAAAGGGAUAAAACAGUAUACUGACAACUGUUUACAAGAAAGUGGAGAAAAAUGUACAUACAUUUUUGUAUGUUUAGAUAUUACCAUAAAUACUCAGGAUUGGAGCUGCUUGUAAGUAUAACAAUAUACAGAAUAACUUUAUUUUAUCUUGUCAGAGUCCAUCACUAAUCUAAAACAAAGGUGGCACUUUUUCAUGUUAACCUUAAACUCUAGGCCUUACUGGAAGCCACUGAAGGGGGACACUUCACUACCAGAUGGGUAUGCAGUGCCACAGAUGGUCAUUUACACUGUGAGGCACUGAUUCUGCCUUCAGAGGUUCUGACCAGAUUGGCUGCUGAAAUAGCCCCUAAUUUUCUGAAGGCUUGAAGAGGAAAAAAUAAAGUUUACAUACUCUUGAUGUGAAGUGCAUUUAAGUGUUUGUUGGCUUGUUGCAGUACUAUAAACACAGAGCUGUUAAUAAUGGUUAUGUAGAUUACUGUGAUUUGAAAACUAAAUUCACAGAAACUUACAUUAGUGAAGAAUUAGUAAGUCUUUUUCUUAAAUAGAGAACUUUAACACUACGUAUUUUAACAGUAAACAGGAAUCGCUUUUCCUUUAGCGUUCAGAAGGACACCAUGUUCUUAAACAUACUCCCCCCCUGAAGCGUGUUUGUGUGUGAUGCCAUAUUUCUUUUUCAGGUAAAUGCAGUCUUCCUUAUAAAAAUGAAAUUAAACUUAUUGCUCUUUCAGUUCUUUUAUAUUCUAACAAUAAAUAAAACAAAAAGAUCACUGACUGUGCAUUGUACCUGUAUUUAUAGCUUAUGGUUGUUAACAGGAAGCUCACUGAGAAAAAAAAAAGGUAAGCCUCCAGGUAAACAGCUAGUGGAGGUUUUACAUUUGUUUGCACAUCUCAGUAUAUUCCUGUUGAAGUCAAGUUUGCACAGUCUUCUGACUUUGGAACAAACAAUAGACUUUAACUUGUUUAAAAUUUGUCUUAAAUGCCGGUAACAUGGCUCUGGUUUAUCAGCUAAUCUUCAAUUCUGUGGUAAAUCUUUGGGCUGUUGAGUAUCUUUGAGAUAGGUUGAAUUCAACUUCUGUUGAAUUGAAAACUGUCUUAAUUUUUCCUCUAUGUAUAUGAAUUAUUUUUGUUACAAAGCCACUGAUAUGUGCACAAUUGUAAUUUUACUCAAGUAUGUUGCAGUUGUAAAUAUUAGAGAGUUUAAUCUCGUGCUCUACUCUUAUUUAGCAAUUACCUGAUUUGCCAGUAGCUUUAUAAUUUUUUUUUUUAAGAUAAUUGUUCAUUAUUUUGUCAAUGUUAUUUGAACUUAGGAUACGAGGGUCCUCUUUCUAGGGACUUUGCCUAGCUAGCAUGUCCUAACUUUGUUCUUGUCUGGCAUAACUUUAGUAAUCUUUGUCAUUACAUGUAACUUUGUUACUCUGUAUGACAUAUUAUUGUAUCCAUAAACAUGGUAAUUUUGAUACAGUUAUACUUUUACAGUGGUACAUAAUCCAAGGACUAGUAUAGAAUUAAGAUGAGUGCAAGAUGAGGGAGGGAAGGGUUUUGUUCUUGGUAAUUUAGAUGUGAAACCUCUAAGGAGCUAUCAUGUGAAACGACGUAGGGUGAUUGUGCUACUGUAUAAUUGGGGUGAUAAUACCAGGAAUUUUAAUAAGAUUUUGUAAAGAAUAUCCAGAAAAGUAGUGAACUUAUUUUCAGUAUGACAUAGAAAACAAUGUGAAUAUUUAAGGUCUGUGACUAUACUUCACUAAGAAUUUGCAGAAUUGUUUUGAGAUGUGAGAAUAAAGGUAAUUUUGUUGAAUCUUUAUUGGUGCUAAUGAUGGACAGUUAAAAAGGUAGCUAGUGUAUAUUGUUAUGGGUCAGUACUUAUUAGUACUUCCAAAAUCGAAUUUGAAAUGCUAUGUAUUCAUUUUUCACUCUGUAAAUGUAAUUCUUUACAAUGACUUUAUUUAUUAAAGGGCAGCCAGUUGUAAUUUUUACAGGAUUGUGUGAGCUAUUCAAACUCUUAAACCUCUGAACAGGAUAUUAGCUUCCGUAAACCACAAUGGGGAUAAAAUAUGGAAUUUCUUUUAAGUUUCGUUUCCAUUAAAUGAGAACCCUUAUAAUUCAUAUUGCCAUGAAUUUAACCAUCUCAUUUGCAUAAAGUAGUUCAUCAGCCUGGUCCCAAUAGGCUCAACCAAAGAAAAAGACUCCAAUGAAUGGACAUUAUUACUGAGUCUUCUUGUAAGUAGCCAUAAAUAAACCAAAAUAGUAUCAAAUUUAGGUAUGAAAUUCCACAUGUGCAAAGUACUGUUAAGGUGAUACAUUUUUGAUGAGAUUUUUAAAAAUAUUUGAACUAUUAAAAAGCAUUAUCUUUAAACAUCCUAUAAAAGAGUGAUUCAUUUUUUAGUUGUGUUUUCCCUAGAUCAAAGAUCAUAGAUUUGUUACCUUUACGCAGAAGCACAUUACAUAGAAAGGCUUUACUUCUACCUCUUUCAACUAAUUUUUCAAUAUUGAGCUGUGCCCCCUAAAUAUUUGCCUUAGCUAUUUUAAAAUACAAUAUUUUCAGAACCAAAGCAAAGGAGUGGUUUUUUUCACAGAAACAUUCUCAGAGGCUUACUUUACCAAAUAAACUGAUGGUAGUAUCCUUGAGUGGUGAGACCUUGCAUAAUUCCUAGUUCCUAUUUCUUGUUUAACCCUGAGGUUCAUUUCUUGUUGCAGGUAUUUAAAUACUGAAAAGUUGUGUAGUCACCCCAAGGUUUAUCUUUGAAAACAGUUACAAGUGCAUCUUGAUCUUCUCUGUGUAUGCAGAUUUGUUCUUGUUAGAGUUCUUAAGCGUCAAAAGAAAAUUUCUACCAUGAUACGUGGUUUCAUGCAGAAUGUCAUAAGGGGUGCAUACACUACUUUGUGCGAACAGAUUAUGAUUAUGUAGGAUACAUUACUUUUCUGGCCUAUCCUCUUUGAACUAAAGAAAUGACUAGUUUCAGAUAGUUGAAAGGAAAUGACUAUUUCAGAUAACCAAAUUUGAAAUAUGUUUGUUAGUUACCAAAUGUCUUGCCUUAAAACAUUUUAAGCACAUUUUCUGGUUGUAUUUGAGAAUUUAAGUUACUGAUUUUUAUUCCUUAACUAAUCUUAGAAAUAAACCACUGCUUGCAUAUGCAUGACUAUUAUGUACUCUCAAAGUACCCUUGGUUGAUUAGAUAUUUUAGGUUUUGCGUUUACUAUGGAAAUAAGGAUUUUUAAAAACAUGGUAAUAUCUCUAAAGGGAGACAGUUCUACUGUCAAGAUAUUUCACCGUUCCUGAAUUUUAUCUACACAGAAAAGCCAUUGUUUCUCACUUACUACUGUGCUUAAAUAGCUAGGUGAUUUUUAAGAUGUCUUUGCUAAGAAAAAUAAGAGCUUUGGUUAUGGAGAAUUCUUGAUUCAGCAGUCUGCUUUCUUGGGAUGCAGUAGGAUUCAUUAACCACAUUUACCCAGAUGAAGGAUUAAUAAACCCCACACAUGAGGAAAGCUUGGUGACACAUGCUAAUCUCAUGUACCAGUUUGUUUAUGAUAGGCUGAUUUAGGGGUUUUUGCAUUGGAAAAGUAGCACAUUCUGUUCCUACCGUUCUAGGGUCCCAGGUUAUGGUACUAAUGUGUUAACUUGAGAAUUCACAGCUAUAUUAAUAUCCGAAAUUUGAUUGCUGUAAGCGGACAGAUGUAAGCCAAAUAAUCAGAAGUUUGCUUGUUUUGUAAGAGAUGUUUGCCUCUGAAACAUCUGUCAUUACAGUAGAGAUGAUCUUGCCAGUGGAUCUGGAAUGCUCUGAGGGUUUUAGGUCUGAUACUAUGCAUCCAUUUUUUAUUCCACAAUGUUAAUUUGGGGACAGCCAGCUUUUGCUUCUAUGACUCCUGUUUCUGUUAACUUAUUAGUAUGUAUUCUGCCUGAAAUUUCUUAAGGUAGCUAGAUAAGCAAGAUACAUUGAAGGCUGUGUGGCUAGGAGUAAUUCUGGUGUCGUAAAAGUGACUUAACCUGUUUGCUGUGAUCCAUUAAUCUCAAAAGUAAAUUCUGAGGGCUAAUUUCCUUUAUCUCCAAGUUCUGGGAAGAAGCCUCACUUAAAACCUGUUUAGUGGUUGGUUUAACUUUAUUUGCCUAUUGUUAAGUAAUGAGUACAUUCUUUUUUUUUAAGUUGUGUUUUUCAAGCAGCUUCCUUACUUUGAAAAACUUCACACGUGCUCACUUGUUGUCAGCAGAUUGGGAUUUCAUUUUGUGAAUGUACUCAAAACCCCCAAGGACUAUUGAACAGGAUGUUUGCUGAUAGAAAAUCUAAAACAGGAGUUUGUGUAUAUGGUAUGAAUUCAAUCAGACAUUGAAUUUCAGCUCAGUAUCUAUUACAAGGAAUCAUUAAUAAAGUUUGUUUAUUGACUACAUAAA